AUGUUGGUAGAUUGUGACUAUCCCCAAGUUCCAGCGUUGACACUGACCAACUCAUCAAUCAAUGUGGUCAGUAGCCAGUUGGUAGAGAACGUCAUGUUGAGCAAUGGCGACCGGAGGCUCUGGGUCAUCACACUCAACUAUCCGAUUGGGCUAACACCUGCCGUCCCUGUGUCUCUCAAAACAACCCUUGAUCCAACUAUAGCGACUUGGGAAUUCCCAUCAUACGAUUGUCCAAACCCCAACACCCUCGUUUAUAAAGUGACUCCACUAGAGUACCUUCAAGAUGGGCUCACCACUAGAUUCGAGAUACGUAUGAUUCCCUUUUACCCCAUAGAUCCACCCGUACUUUGCAAUACUCCUUAUGUUACUAUGACAAUUUGUACAACAUUAUUAAAUUUAAAACAAGAUGGAUAUAUAGUAGCAUUGACUACACUAUAUCAGAGUAAUCUAUCUGGGUAUACAUCAACUUUCAACUUGACCUUUGGAGCAACAUCUGUCUUUUCGAUACUUAUUCCAAUCGAACCUAGGUACAAAGAAGCUACAGACGAAAUGGUGAUCAGUGGAUCAGAUACACAGUCACCCAUCUCAACGUAUGCGUUUAAAUUGGCGCAAGGCUACUUUGUACCUGUCGGUGCCAUGUUUGACAUGAAAACAUCCAAUCCAGACCAAACCUUUUUAUUGUCGAGUGCAAACCUCCCAAUCAUUGCAGUACAAGGAAACAAUCGUGAUGGUUUGAGAUACCUCUACACAAGACCCGCAAGUGAAUUGGCCUCAGGCAGUCAAAUCGUCGCCGGAUCAUAUCUUGUAAACUCAAACAGUAGUUCAACAUUCCCAUUAUUGGAUCAAUCAUCAAUAACUAUCAACCUAUUACCUCUACCAACAAAACCAAUACUUGCAAGAAUGGAUUUUAUAUUAGCUGAUAAUAUUUUCAGUCAAGUUGUUACAAUCUUCCAAUGCAGUUAUCCACUUCGAUUCAGAACUGGUAAUUCUGCAUCGGUACUGUACUUUAUUCCUGCUCCAUUUGGGUAUACUGUGACUGGCAAUGGUCAAACCAAAGAAUUCACAUUCUCUUUUAAUGGGAUUGUCUCUCUUAAUCUUCAAAUGACCAUUUACCAACAAAGCACUACUCAACAAGAUUCAGUCGUCAGUACUCGACCCAAUCCAAUUCCUGGUUCAGUCAUUACAGAUACUAUUUUACCAACAUUAUCAAAUAUUCAACUUUUAAAGGUAUCGACCACUAGUUAUAUCGUUACAUUACAACUUGGUGAUACGUUGUCUGGUGUCGAUAGUUUUCAAUACAAUAAUAUAUUAUAUUUUGGAUCGAAUACGAUUGUUGGUGGUACCAUCAAUGAUGGAACAUUUGUUUUUGAACAUACUCCUAGUUUUGCUGAUAUCAAUUCCCUAGAUUUAAUAGUGGUUGAUCGUGCCUCCAACUAUUUAUAUUCACAAUAUAAAACUUUUGGUCUUUAUGGUCAAUCAAUUCCACCUAACCCAAUUCGUGAUUCAUUUGUGACAGCAGAUAAUUUUACAAUGUUUGAAUUUAUUCCAAAUAUUGUUGAUACUUCUAAAGGUCCGGUCAACGUAUCACUUGUUUUCAACCUGACUGGUAGUCCAUUUAAUCGAUACAAUAAUUUGGACUUGGUUGUCAUGUUAUCACCUUGGUCUCCUACCAUGCCAUCAAUCUAUCGAUCAUUGAAUAUUUCUUCAAAGUCCUACUAUCAUCCAUUGGAUCAAUUGUUUAGAUGUGAUUUCACAGUCCCACAAUACACCAACAAUAUCACAUCGGCCUACUACAAUUUCGAUUAUUAUAGUGUACUAUUAUCAUCGAUUCAACCAUCACUAGUCGCUAAAUUUGGUAGCAAUGCAACUUUAACUAUUCGUUCAAAUAAUUCAAUGGAUCAUUUACCACCUUAUUUUGAAUCAAUGGUACUUCCAACAACACUGGUAGAUGGUAAAUUAGUUUAUGAAUUUACAAUUGUUGAUUAUUUGAAUGGAUUUGAUAAUGGAUCGGUUGAAAUUAAAUCAGAUGGGUCACCUCUUACGCAAGUAUUGCGAUUUGACAGAUCAUCACCCGCUUUUAUUGGUGGCAAUAUAUUUAAAUCAAAUUGGAGGUUUGAGAUACCAAUCAAUGUAUCUGAAUGUCUGACUCAAACCUAUUCAAUUGGAAAGACUGAAUUGUAUGAUACAGGAGGUUGGGCUGCCAGAUACAUGUCAUUCAAUUUCAAUUCAUUCACUAGCGGAACCUAUUUCACAAAAACUGAUUCCUAUUUUAACCCAUACUAUUAUGUAUUGGAUCAAUUAACAAAUGUUACAAUUACUUGUGAUCCAACUACAGAUGUUGAUUCACCAAGUAUUGUUUCAUUUGAAGUUUCUAGAAGUACGAUGGAUGUUGGGUCAAAUGAUAGAACUGUAUCAUUCAAUUUAUCAGUGACUGAUGGGACAUCUGGAAUUGGGUUAGAGGGAUACCCAAUCGUAUAUUUAAUGGGUAACCAAGGUGAAUGGUUGGCUGUUGAGCCAUUCGUCAAGACUCCUCCUGCUGUUGGAUCAUUGGUAGCAGUAUUUAAUUAUACAGUCACUGUUCCACAUGGAUUUGGUGUCAAUGGUAUAAUACUAUUAUCAGUGUAUGGUCUAAGAGACAAAGUACAGAAUCUUGGUGGCUAUUCAACACCGAUGUUGAAUCAAGCUGGAUUCCAAUACAAAAUCAGUACGACCUACUCUACAAAUAUCCCAACGCUGUUUAGUGUAUCCAAUCUUUACAGUUAUCCUUCAAAUCUUUCGUCAUCUGAUGAUACAUAUAUUACUAUUCGUGGAAGAGGGUUUGGAGAUGACACUCAACAAUUAGCAGUGACGGUACAACAAUCGGGUGGUUCUCAACGACCACUAGUUGUCAGCAUGGCAUAUCACAUUAUUCUAUUUGUAAAAUAUGACCCAGCAACCAUUGCACCAGGCUCAAAUGUCAGUAUUGUCGUCACAAGAUCAGGAUCGGUCAACCAACAAGAUACGAUAUCUGUCAACCCAACCAUCCUACCUCCAAGAAUACCCGAUAAAAAUACACCUGUCCCAUUUGAACCAAAACCAACACCUUGUUCACCGUCAUCUUCAUCAUCGGCACUAAAUUGUACUGGAAAUGGUCAAUGUACAUUUGACGGAUGUAUAUGCAAUAAUGGAUGGUCAGGAUUCUUUUGCGAGUCAACUGUCAUCAAUAUCGAUGAACCAACAUUCAAUCAAAUCUCACCGACUGUUGACAUUAUUGUAAAUGGUACAAGUAAUCAUACUGUCAUUAAAUCAAUUAUCUCUGUGGUCGCAAUCAGAGAGUUGACAAUAGAUGAUACUGUAUUCAUAGAGUAUCGACCAAAGAAUUGGACAUUAAAUAUUACAACCACCGAUAAUAAUAAUAGUAUUGUUAUGAAUUAUCAAACUCGGUUGCAAGACAUAUCAACCAUUGUCAACGUAACAAUCGAAUGGUUUUCAAAGGAUAGUCAAGUUGUAUUUGCCAACCAAAGUAUUAGUAUUCCAGCAACUAGUACAAAGGUGUCGAUUGGAUUAUCGGCAUAUCCAUUCUAUUCAUCGACCAAUACAUUACAAGUUGUUAUGAAGACAUCGAUCCAAGCAGAAUACGAAUCAGAAUGUUCUAGUAAAGAGUAUGGUGGAACCACCGAAGACAUGGAAUGGAUGAAAUUAGGAAUUGAUGACAAGACACUUUGGGGUCAAUUCAUUAAGCGAGGCAUUAUCGAUGGUGAUAGAAUCACAUCAAUCACAAAUGAAAUACUCUCAGAUUAUAUUGAUGACAGUACUAGUAAUAGUACAAGUAACAGUAACUCAUCAUCCAGUACAACAUUUAUUGGAUUAAAUCUUCCACAAUACUCAGUGUCAGCACAAUUGGAUCCAAACUUUGUUCAUUUGAUCGAUGUUGACAACGGUGAUAAAACUGGAUCGACUUUGGAAUCAAUUUGUAAAUCCAAAGACAAUGGAUUGACGAUGGGUCAAAUUGCUGGAAUCGUUGUAGGAUGUAUUGCUGCAGGAGCUAUUGCCAUAGCGUCUGCAAUCUACCUCGUUCAUCGUAGACGUACACUUAAAUCAAAUCUAAAGAUGCAACAAAAAUUAUCAAAGUUGAAAACACCAAAUAAUUAA